ACUGCUGAAUAUAUUCAGUACCUUGUUAAAUAAAAAGAGACGAAAGAAUCGGAUUGGACAAGAACAACAAAUCCGAUUCUAACAUGGCAAAGAAGCUGUUGCUUUUAGAUGUUGACUGUGGGGUGGAUGAUGCUCAAGCGAUGAUGAUGGCUCUUGCAGCUCCUAAUGUGCAGAUCCUGGGUAUAACAUGUACUCACGGAAACACAGCAAUUGAAAAUGUGUGCAAAAAUGUACUUCGGGUGCUACAACUUUGCAAGAGGAUGGAGAUUCCAGUCUACCGGGGUGCAGGUAACUCUCUCCUUGGAGAACGUCUGCAUGACCCUGCUUACCAUGGAAAGGAUGGGCUGGGUGAUGUUCCAGACCCUAAUGCUCCGGGUCUGGAACACAUACAAGCUGAGCAUGCGGUGAAUGCCAUGAUAAGAAUAGUCAAUCAGCAUGUUGGUCAGGUCACUCUUGUUGCUAUUGGACCCCUGACCAAUGUGGCUUUAGCUGCUAAAAUGGACCCCACUUUUCCUUCAAAGCUGAAAUAUUUGUACAUCAUGGGAGGAAACAUGGAAGCCAGAGGGAAUGUGAGAGUCUGCGGUGAGUUUAACUUUGUCACUGAUCCAGAAGCAGCUUCCAUUGUUCUCAGCCACUUUACAUGCCCAACUUACAUUGCCACCUGGGAGUACAGUCUCCGCCAUCGAUUACCAUGGGACUUUUUUCAGAAGUGGAUAAAUCAAAAUACUGAGAAAGCUCAAUUCAUGAAGAAGAUAACUGCACAUACUACUGAGUUUACCAAAGGUGAUCAAGGCAGUAAAGAGUUGCAUUUUGGACAAGGGUUUGUGUCCUGUGAUUCAUAUGCAAUGGCUGCUGCAAUUGAUGAGUCUGUUGUCACUGAAGAUGCACGAUAUGGGGUAAGCGUGGAAUUGCAUGGAUCAUUGACCAGAGGGAUGAUGGUUCUGGAUACCCUUGACCUACUGAAACUUAAGAGUAAAGCUGUUGUCUUCUUGAAAUGCGAUAUGGAAAAAUUUAAGCAGCUGUUGAUGAAUGUUCUGAAAUAGGAUGCUGCAGGCUUCAAAUUAAAGGAAAGGGGGAAAAAAGUGCCAGGUACAUUUUAAAUAGUACUAACGAGGAUGUAAACCCUAACUCUCGGUAAACUUAAUUCAAUUUUAAACAAUAUGUUCAUACAUUCCUAAUAUUAUCUAGCAUGAGUGAACUUAGCUUCUAUAUUAGGCUUAUUAUAACCUGACAAAUAUAACUUGUAAUAGUUAAAAUGUUUGCUCACACUUCCUGACUAAUGCUUAGAAAAUGGUCAAAUAAGAAAUCUGAAUGAAUAUUGCGCAGAGUAGUUUCAUUUCUUUCAGAACUGGGGAGUAUUAAGCAGAACUUUCUUUGGGGAAUUAAAUGGAUGGUGUAGGAAAAAUGGACUGGAAUUUAUAUUUUUGUCACAUGUCAUAUCAGCUGAGUCUGCCCAGUCUUAACUCAUCUGCUGUGGUUUCAUUCAUGCUUUUGUUACCUCUAGACUUGGCAAUUCCAAUGUUCUUCUGUUAGCAUCCUAUCUUUCAUCUUCCAUAAACCUGAUGUCAACCAAAAUUUCAUUGCCUGUAUCUUAAUUCCCAAGUGCAGUCCAUCCAUCACAAGCCCCCAUCCCCCACCGCCCCAUGCUUGCUGAUCUAUAUUGGCUUCCGAUCCAGCAACACUCCAAUUUUAAAAUUCCUUUCCCUGUUUUCAAAUCCCACUCGACCUCUGUAACCUUUUGAGGUUUCUGCACUCCUCCAAUUCUAGCCUCUUGCACACCGAUUUUCAUUGCUCUGCUAUUAAUGGUCAUGCCUUCAGCUGCCUGUUCCCCAAGAUCUGGAAUUCUCCCCCUCUCCACCUCUCUCGUUCCUCCUUUAAAUCCUAUCUAUUUGAUAAAGCUUUUGGUCAGCUGUCCUAAUAUCUUAUGUAGCUCAGGGUCAAAUAUUGUUUGACAGGGUUCCUUUAAAUGUCUUGAGAUGAUUUCCUACAUAAACAGCACUAUAUAUAUGGAAGCUGUUUUUAUUGAUUAUUAAGGUGUUAACUAACUCUGAUUAUGCUUUUACCUCAGAGAUUGGCAUUUUAAAGAAACAAUUUCCUUUCUUGAUCAAUAUAAUUAUGGAAGCUGUCAACUUUCAAUCUCAUAGAGGAAUCUGUUAUACCUUUAUAAAUGUGGGCUUUGAUUUACUGAAUCUGGUGUAUUAGCAUUAAAUUGCAAUGGGUAAAAAGCACUCAUGUAUGUUGUGAAUCAAUAAAAAAUAAAUGCAGCAUCCAA